GACGUACGAAUGCACAUGUUGCUUGGAAAAGUGAUAAUUUUUCGAAAGACGUGUUCUAAUAAUAGGCACACCGCCGGUCGCGUGUGCAGUUGGGAUUUAAACAUAGUUUUGGCAGCACAAAACGUCAAACCGUCUCUGACCGAGGAGGCGCGAGGUCGCGGUGUGUGAUUCCCUUGCUCGUUUACCUCCCAAUAAAAAAACAUCUGUGUUGUCGUUUUAUUGGCUUAUCGGACUCGACAUAAUCGAAGCACGGAAAAAAUAGAAACUAAAAGUAAUCACGACAAUAACGGCACUGCAAUAUUUCUGUACUUCCGUAGCAUCGGUGCUUUUUUAAUGUCGCGUUUAUCUGCAAAAAGAAAUUCUUUUUAAUUCGAUCAACGACUUCCAGAUUUUUCAUUACGAUCGGUUAGCAAUUUCCUUUGGAAUCACCAACCGUAUGUCUCUUGUCUUCCUGCAUGCUACCGCAGUACUGUUUGCUUCUCGCAAGGUGGUUCUCCCGAAUGUAUUCUUAGACGAUGUAUAAACUAGAUCGUUGAGAAAUGCGAACUUUCCGUGAAAGAAGUCAGUCCGACUAGCCACUUUAUUGUCUGUUCGACGUAUAGUAUUCCUGUCUGUUCAACAAUCGGCCGAUACACGUCAAGAUAAGUUCACGAUACUCGAUAAGUUGAACGAUAUUUUACAAGUACGUGAAAUUGCUCGAAAAUAUUGCGCUUUAGUUGAGUGAAUCGGAUGUGAAAUGAAGGAAACUUACGACAAAGGGCCUGCGGAGAUUAACGAAAAUCAACAGCCCAUGGAGUUCGUGGAGUUUCUCGAAGACGUCGAAGACCUCGAAUAUGACACGAUGACAGCCAGCAACAAGACGGCGGACGAGGCUGUAAACGACGCGCUUAUAGAAAAAUUAAGAAUUUGUGCCUUCAGGCCGCAAGAAAGUACGGAAACUGUUCGAUCGGUGGCUGCCAAGUUACACGCACGGCUCACAUCCUCGGAGCGCCGUACCAGAGAACGAACCUUGGAAAAACUGUGGCGAAAAAAUUCCAACGCAAUCGAGAUACUUGUGAGGAUUUUGGAGAGCUGCAAGGACAACGUGGCAAACUGCAGCGUCGCUGGUAUUCUCCACGAAUGUAUAUCCCCGAAAAUCGGAAAGGCCAAGUCGAGUGGGUCGAAGAAUCGUAGUGCAAUAAGGAAUAACAGCAAGAUGGCUAUUUCCCAGCUAAUAAACUUGGGCGGAACCCAAGUUCUGAUACGCUUACUGAACGCCCUGCAGCACAGAGAGACAAUAACGACCGAGGUUCUCGUACAGGAGCUUCUGUGGAUACUGGGACAGGUUGCUCAAAAAGAUCAAAAAUUCCCGACAAAAGUCAAGAUGCUCAAUUCGACGAGAAUGUUUCACUCGUUGUUGAAAGUAAACUACAACAACAGCCGAACGCUGUUCCCUUUAUUACUGAUGAUCAAAAGUCUGGCUAAGAACUCAUUUUCUCUUCAGAUAUUGGUGAAAGAUGGGAUCGUCCCUACUUUGGAGAAAACGUUUGUCUGCGUCGGCUACUCUCCUCAUUUAAAACUGAGAACAUUGCUAGAGUGUUUUAAAUAUUUUACGGUCAGCAAACUCUGCUGUACAAAGUUCGUCAAGAUAGGUUUGGUCCAUCUUUUAAUGCGGCUCUUCGACAGGUGGGAGAGGUUCGAUGGACCGAUUCGGUUAAAAAUUUCCAACUACUGUUUGAACACACUGCAGCAUCUCUGCGUAAUAAAGUCGGGGAGGAAGGCGAUAAAGUCAAGCGGCGGACUACAGCUUCUUUAUCGAUUCUGCACGAAUUGUCCCGAAGAGAAAUCUUACGAUUGCCUGUUGUCACGGGUUUGUGGCAUAAUCAAUCAGUGCCUAGAGAAGAAGGAACUACCAGUGCCUGAAAUGUCACCUGUCAGAUUCAUUUUACCAGAAAUAACUUCAAGGCUGACAAACAGUACGGAGAGCGGAAGCGAUGCUGACAGUCAGGUUAACAGCGUAGCGUCUCUUGGUAGGGUGUACAGCGACGUGGACUCAGGUGACGACGAGGAAAGUGAUAACUCGCCCCAAACUGAACAGAAUAUCCUUCAUACCGGGAAUGAUAUCGAUGAAAAUAAAUUUUUCUCGGGCGUCGUAACCUUCCAAAGAUCGGAGGAAGAUCUUCUUGCGUACAACUGUUUCUUUCGAGAACUUGGCACUCUUCAGAAUCAAUUAUCCACAAGAAACAAGCUGGAUAAAUCUAAAGCGACGACGCGCGUCGACGGUUUUGCCAAAGGUAGCAAAACCGGUGCCAAUGUCCAGGGUCACGCCGGCGUCGAAGGAUUGCGAACAUUUGCAGACUUGUCGCCGCAUAUGACAGACCAACACGCCUACUGCGUGGUAGCCAGCACGGUAAAGAGCGUGAUAAGCUUUGUUAAAGUGGCCUAUCCAGAUUUAGUCGGAGGCGAGGGUCUUGGCAAAGCGGCCCCGCUGAACAACAAGGACCGCAAGGUGUGCAGAUCGAAGCUACUUACGUGCGUCGAUCGGGGACUUCAUCCGGGGACCUUGAUGCAAGAUACGGCCUACGAUCUCGAUCAAUUGGCUUCGAGCUUCUCGUAUCAGGGCGACCGGGGAUCUUCUCAGCGUCUCCUCUGUAACUGCGAUGAGAAACGAAUCGGGAAGCGGAGCAGCGACUCGAAGCAGUUGCAGUUCGAGUCGCGGUUCGAAAGCGGAAAUCUGAGAAAAGCUAUACAGAUAAGCCCUCGCGAAUACGACCUCAUAUUGACACCGGAUGUGAACAGCGGGUCAAGGCAUCAGUGGUUUUAUUUUGAGGUUUCGAACAUGGAGGGAAACUCUCCGUACACCUUCAAUAUAAUAAAUUGCGAGAAAGCUAAUUCGCAGUUCAAUUUUGGAAUGAAGCCAAUACUGUUUAGCGUGAGAGAAGCGCAGCUCGGGAGGCCCGGGUGGGUGCGGACCGGGACGGAUAUUUGCUACUACAGGAAUUGCUAUCAGAGGCCUACCAAGGAGAAGAACUACUUGACGACGUCCUUCACCGUCACCUUCCCCCACGCCUACGACGUCUGCUACCUGGCUUACCAUUUUCCUUACACCUAUAGCCAGAUGAUGGCCAACAUAUGGAAGUGGUCGAAGAACCUGUCUCCGUCGGGCAUUUAUUUUCGCGCAGAGCCGCUCUGCGAUACCCUGAACGAGAACGAGAAUCCCGUGUUAACCGUCACGGCCCCGGAGUCGAAGAGUAAUCCCAUACAGAACCGGAAAAUCAUAUUCCUCACGUCUAGAGUGCAUCCGGGUGAGAGCAACGCCUCCUGGGUAAUGCACGGUACCCUCGUGGCGCUCUUGGCCAGCUCCACCUACGCGAGCAGCUUGAGGGACGAUUACGUGUUCAAAGUUGUUCCGAUGUUGAAUAGCGAAGGUGUUAUCAACGGUUGCAACCGAUACGGCCUGACUACCGAAGAUUUGAACAGACGAUGGAGCAAUCCAAACCAAGUUCUACACCCUGUCAUAUUCCACACCAAAGGUCUGAUGGAAUACUGCACCAGAGUCCUUCAGAAACCACCCCACGUAUUCGUUGAUUAUCACGGGCAUUCGCGUCGGAAAAACGUAUUCUUAUUCGGCUGUUCUCGGUCCGGAUCGUGGAGCGCGGCUGACAGAGCCAGGCCCGACCAGCCUGUACAGUAUUUGAUGCUUCCGCAUUUGAUGCAAAAGAUAUCUCCGGCCUUUGCUCUGCCGCUGUGCUCCUUCAAAGUUGAGAGAAGCAAGGAAUCCACCGCCAGAGUUGCUGUGUGGCGUCAAUUAGGCGUUGCCAGAAGCUACACCAUGGAGAGCAGCUUUUGCGGUUGCGACCAGGGUUCCCUUGCUGGUUUUCAUCUCGAUACCGAACAUCUCCGAGAUAUCGGCCAAGACUUUUGUCAGGCCUUGUCGAUGAUGAAGGAUGGUGGUGACGAAUGGACCGUUGACAAAUCGGGAAUGGAGUCCUGUUGUCCUCUGAAAUGCAUUCUGAAAGAGUCAAAGAGGCCGCAGAAAUGCAUUCAGGAUAAACAAGCUAAGCACCAUAUAUUCGGAAUUUCUUAGCCCGAAAGAAUGUCGUUUCAAUUGAACGAAACUCAAGGAUUACCAUGGAAGUAGGCGGUGUAGACGAAGAACGUGGCAUGGAGGACGAAAUCUCAUCAAGUUGUCUUUCGGACGAGUCCGAGUUGGACGAUUAGGUUCGCAACCCGCACCGCUCUAAUCAUUUAUUGGCUCUAAUUUGAGAAUUGUUACAUACCAGCUGUCAUUCUGUUGCUCCUCUCAUGUCUCGCAUAAAAAUUUGAUUGCAUUGUGGAAAAAAAAAUUUGAUAGCAACAAAUGUAGUGAAAAACAGUCAUUCGAAUGGCGAAUCAUUGAUGUAGAAAGUGCCAUCGGUGUAGUACCUAUGCGGAGUGAUUGGUGUGGACGAGCGAGGGCUACUCCACCUUUUCUUUCCAGAAAAAAAAAUUUCAAAAUCCCUGUAUGCUCAAGCAGGUAUCGAAUAUCUAUGGGAACGGUAUAGCACAAGACGAAGGGGGAAAACUUCAUGUACCUAUAUACGAGUCGAAUUUUAUUACUUGUGCGUGUUUUAUCCCUAACACGAUAGUAUUAUUAAAUGGCUGUACGCUUAUCGUUAGGGUGUAUCAUAAAUGUUGAACAUGACACUUUAAUCGAGUUUUAAUUUGGUUUCUAGGUAUUCUUAAAUCUAAUGUGUAUAAAUAAUUAUACAGACACUCUUCAUUUUUACUGAAUUAAAAAAAUUUCA